AUGGAGCCAGGGAACCUCACCUGGAUAUCAGAAUUUGUCUUCCUGGGGCUCUCACAGACUCGGGAGCUCCAGCUUUUCCUGUUUUUGGUGUUCCUGCUGGUCUACACCACAACUGUUCUGGGAAACCUCCUCAUCAUGAUCACAGUGACCGCAGACUCCCGGCUUCACAGCCCCAUGUACUUUCUGCUUCGGAAUCUGGCUAUCUUAGACCUCUGUUUCUCCUCAGUCACUGCCCCAAAGAUGCUGGUGGACUUCCUCUCUGAGAAGAAGACCAUCUCCUACCUGGGCUGCAUGGCCCAGGUCUUCUUCUUCCACUUUCUGGGAGGUGCCAUGGUCUUCUUCCUCUCAGUGAUGGCCUAUGACCGCCUUGUUGCCAUCUCCCGGCCCCUCCAUUAUGUCACCAUCAUGAACACUCAGCUCUGUGUGGGGCUGGUGGUGACAGCGUGGAUGGUAGGUUUUGUCCACUCCAUUACCCAACUGGCUCUGAUGCUGCCACUGCCUUUCUGUGGCCCCAAUGUCCUGGAUAACUUCUACUGUGACGUUCCACAAGUGUUGAGACUUGCCUGCACUGACACCUCCCUCCUAGAGUUCCUCAUGAUCUCCAACAGUGGGCUGCUGGAUGUCAUCUGGUUCGUCCUCCUCCUGGCCUCCUACUUGGUCAUCCUGGUGAUGCUAAGGUCCCAUUCAGAGCAGGCAAGGAAGAAAGCAGCUUCCACCUGCACCACCCACAUCGUCGUGGUGUCUAUGGUCUUCAUUCCAAGCAUCUACCUCUAUGCCCGGCCCUUCACUGCCUUCUCCAUGGACAAGGCUGUGUCUAUCAGCCACACGGUCAUGACCCCCAUGCUCAACCCCAUGAUCUACACCCUGAGGAACCAGGAGAUGCAGGCAGCAGUGAAGAGAUUAGGGAGACAGCGACUGGUUUGUAAAAAGGACUGACAGUGGGUAGGUCACUUCCCUUUGGCUUUGUUUUCCAUUUGUAGAGUGGACGGAGAGCUAGUAUCUGUUCUCUUCAUAACUUGUGGAUAUGUUGUGAGGGUCAUUGUAGAAGUGAGUGAGUUCUGAAACUAAGCAACUUACUCAGAUUUUUAGGCAAAGGAAAAUUUCUUUGUUUUUGAUUGUGAUAUAUGAU